AUGGCUCCAGCGGAUGCCCUUCGCCAGGAUAAUAUACUCGAGCUUGCUGUCAGAGCUAUCCAACCCGCAGGGGAGAGACAGCCGAGUCUCAAAACACCAUAUGAGGCUGUGGCUCUGAUCGGCCAUGCAUGCAUGGCAGCAGUUGAUUUCAGACUAGUCGGUCUCGGUGAAGACCACAACUUAGAAACAUCUACAGAUACACCUUCCCUCCCCGCAGAAUGGAACGCUAACGAUACAUUUGCCUUUCGGUAUGCACAUGCGCAGUCUUCGAUGCAGUAUCUACUCAAAGUGAGUCGACUGGGAAAUAAUGCAGUGAUCUUUGCACUGGCCUUGGGCGAUGACCGGACCAGCUCGUUCGACAUUCCCCACAAAGACUACAUCUCCACCUCUGCGCUCCCUCUAUCUUCCUCAGACAACCUCACUGCGUCCUUGCGAGAUGUGUUCAUCUCGCCAGCUCGACUAGGCGACUUGGUCGGUUUGUUUAAAAUCAACGUGAUCCAGAGACUCGCGCCCGGUUUGUACAAAGAGGGGUAUGAAGAUCCAAGCCAGCCGUCCAGAGCAAGGCUACAAGAAGAAAGACAACCGGAUAUUCCCCAGGAUGGUUCCCUCCCCGAGCCCGCCCGUCCACGUCCGUUUGAUGAUCCCCUAGCGGCAGCUCCUCGCCGCCCCAACCCACCAGACUUUGCCCCGCCCGGGUUCGAAGAUGAGUUUGAGAUCAACCGGCCCCCGCGAGGAUAUCCAGGAGGACUUGGAGGAGGCAGAAAUCCGUACAACAUCGGAGAGCGCGAUCUCUAUCCAGCAGGUCUUGGUCCCAAUGAUCCUUUGCGCGGAUCUAUGGGCCCUGGCUUUGGUCCAGGUGGCGGGGGUAUGCAUCCUACCUUUGAUGACCCUCUCUUCGGUGGAGGAGGUGGCAAUGGUGGAUAUGACCCCCGUGUACCUCCCGGUGCAAGAUAUGAUCCCGUAGGACCUGGUGAGCCACCUGUCGGUCGUAAUCAAGGACCUUUCGGUAAUAAUGGACGAGGUGGGGGCGGCUUUGGUGGGUUUGGUGGUGGAUUUGGCGGGGACAUUAUCUAA